UGUUUGAGUUGGAAGAUGCUGACGUCGUUACCGGUAAGUUCAGAACCCAACGACUUCCGCUGUUGCCACCUGGCUCUCAGCCCGGAGCAGAAUUACACCUCAGGUGCAGACGGGCCCAUCAGACAACAGCCCGGCCCCAGCAUGGCGGAGCAGGCGCCCUUCGACACGGAUGUCAGCACCCUGACCCGCUUCGUCAUGGAGCAGGGAAGGAAGGCCCGCGGCACCGGCGAGAUGACCCAACUGCUCAACUCGCUCUGCACGGCGAUCAAAGCCAUCUCCUCGGCGGUGCGCAAGGCCGGCAUCGCGAACCUCUACGGCAUUGCUGGCUCCACCAACGUGACAGGUGAUCAAGUUAAGAAGCUGGAUGUCCUCUCCAAUGACCUGGUCAUGAACAUGUUAAAGUCGUCCUUCGCCACCUGUGUCCUUGUGUCGGAAGAAGAUAAACAUGCCAUAAUAGUAGAACCCGAGAAAAGGGGUAAAUAUGUGGUCUGUUUUGAUCCCCUUGAUGGAUCUUCCAACAUUGAUUGCCUUGUGUCCAUUGGAACCAUUUUUGGCAUCUACAAAAAGGUAAAAUAUGAUAUGCCUUCUGAGAAGGACGCUCUGCAGUCAGGCAGGAACCGGUGGGCGCGGCUAUGCCUCUAUGGCAGUGCCACCAUGCUGGUGCUUGCCAUGGAGUGUGGUCAAUGCUUCAUGCUGGACCCGGCCAUCGGAGAGUUCAUUCUGGUGGACAAGGAUGUGAAGAUCAAAAAGAAGGGCAACAUCUACAGCCUUAACGAAGGCUACGCCAAGGACUUUGACCCCGCCAUCGCUGAGUACGUCCAGAGGAAGAAGUUCCCCCCGGUGAGUGAGGGGCGGCCGGGCGGGGCGGUUCCAGGCACCGGCACCAGGGGCAGCUCUGGGGGAGGCGGGGUCCCCUGAGGGGAAAGGGACCCU